UCACAUUCCUCCCUUUCUUCUCUGGGACUUCUGGGGUGGCCCGAAAACUGUCGUCAGUGUUGCGACCGUGGCGGUGGAGGGAUGAUGCAAGGAAGCGGAGGAGGGAGGUAGAAAAACAUACCACCCUCCUCCCCCGAGUCCAUUCAGACGCUAGAGAGGUGCGACAGGAGACGCGUGAGGACACAUGGAGUUGCCACUCUUGGAAGCUGUCACGAUAUGACAACCCGCUCCUCUCCGACCGCAUUCGAAAUGGAGAUUGUCUACUUUUUGCUGCUUUUGGCCAAUUUGGGACAGCGCCGCUUGGUUUCCGGAGGCUGCCUUGGUCAAUGCUGCAGCGGCCGAGAUAUGAGCUGCGCCUCCACCGACUGGAGGAUGGACCGCGUCUACGGGACGUGCUACUGCGACCGCGGCUGCGCCACAACGCGGGACUGCUGUUUUGACUACUUCUCCCACUGCCCAGCUCAGGCGUAUAGCGUGACGGCUUGGAGCUUCUGGAGCGGCUGCGCAGAGCCGUGCCAACCCUCCUGGCGUAGACGGGUGAGACACAUCAUCGAGCGGCCCGCAAAUGGCGAUGAACCCUGUCCGACGCUGGAGGAGCGGGCCGGCUGCAUGGACUACAGGGACCGCCGGGGAACCCCGUGCCGACUGGACACAGGCCCUGCAUUUAUUACCAGUCUGGAGUUUGGCAAGGCGAGGCCCAAGGUGGACAACUUUGGGACGCCUUUGGAUGCAGGAUUCUACGUGGAAUUCUCCAUGGAGUCACGCUCCCCUCACUGUACAGAAGAGAAUCGGCCGCACACGCACUGGAUGCGCUACUUCGCCGAAGGUUUCACGGUUUGCGUGGCGUGCCAGCCGCCCGCUAUGCGCAACCACAGUGGUGGUUGCCAAAGAGACGGCCAGGAAAUGAACAGGGAUGCUGUGCUGCAGUGGCAGGCGGUGGGCAACCCCCGCUGCAGUGGCACUUGGAGGAGGAUCCGCAAAACGCAACAGUGCAACUGUCCACCGCAGCACAGCUUCGUCUUCAUCUGAACGACUCUGUCAAGGUAGCGGCGGUCAACUUACUGAGCAUUUGAUUCGGGAACCGUUAUAAAAAGCCCCCCAAAGCUCGUAAUAUAUAAAGACCCCCCCAACAGAACAACAUCGCAAUAACAAAAUGGCCCCCGUGGACUUAACAUAUCUGCCAAAAGGGGCUGUAAAAUAUUAAUAUAUUUUUUUUUAAAUGACAUGACAUCUGUUGUUUGUUUAAAUGAUGUUCUUCACACGUUUUAAUGUUGAUUCAUUCCAAUCACAUUUUCACUCUUCUGGAUCAUUAAACUGACAACAGAGAUGGAUGAUUCUUAUGAAAAACAAGGGGAAAAAUAAUCAAAUGUAAGCACUCUCUGCACUUAUAGUUUGACCACAUCGAGUCAAUGGCGAGUUAAAUUGAUGAUUUUUUUAAAAAACCCGACUAAUAACGGUCGAAAAACAACUUCCGCAAGAAACAGCCUCAGCACAUCCUAUAAGACCUCCGAAUGCAAUGUGCAAGAGUCCGCAAUGUUUUUGGAGGACAAAUCAUGCCCUCUAGUGGUACAGAAACGUAACACAAUUCCAAUACAAUAAAGAAGAAAAAGUGGACCCCCCUUUUUUAUGCUUCUCAGUUCACUUUGUGGGUCCUUUCCAAAACCCUCCAGCGGUCCUUGAGCAUCACGCCAGUGCGGUCCUCAAAGUCGUAAUCCCUCAGGAUUUGAGACCACUUGCCUUUGCCGUGUUGCCGGACACCCUGCACCAGUCUACUGUCCAGCUCAGAUGUCCAUUUCUAAAAUACAAAUAAAUAAAUACAUCAAUAAUACAACCACAGAUCAGAGGAUCCUUCGUCGUGGGGCCAACUAACCCGAGGAAUCCUCUUCUGUGCGACAACAGAAUCGUUUAUAUCUGGGGAAAAACAGAAAAACAAUCAUUUCAAUUUGUCAUGGAACAAUAGUAAAACAUGUAAUCAGGAAUAACGUGCAUGCACAAUUAGCGGUGGUCAAAAUAAUGUGUUGUGGCUAUUCAAAGGAACAGACUCACACACACACGCACACACACUGAAUACCCUUUUUUCUCAGCGGUCUGAUGCAGACUUGAGACUGCAUGCGAGUGUCCAGGUCGCACACAUUUAUUUGGAGGGACCGAAGAUUGCGUUUUGUCCUGGAUGGGUGUGAUAAAAAUAAAGUCACAUUGUUAUUGUGAUGUUUUUCAAGUUGGUCAACUGACCGGUUGCGUUUGUGUUUAUGAACAGCAACAAUACUUCUGAGUCAUGGACAGGCGGGGUCAGACUGACCCGCAACGUAACAGUACUGGUAAAUCAAUUCUUAUUAAGAGAAUUACUUUGGCGUGGUCUCCUCUGAUUGGUCAGCCUUGUCGUUGCCGGAUAAGCGGACGUACUAUGAGGCAGAAAAGUGCAAAAUAGUUCAAAUACGGCGAUUUCUCAUGAUACAUCCCGUAAACGCGAUGUAUUCGUAUCAUCAGGCUUUACUCACCCCGAGUGCCGUUUUUGCUUGACGGUCGGCCACAGUGACAGGAGAUGCAUCCAGCUGUGACGAAUCUAUGAGUCAAAGUUGCACCACGGAUUUAUAUUUUAUUGGGGAAAAACUUAAAAAAAAAAAAAAAAAAGGAAAUCCGGCAAAAAGGAGAAAGCUAAACUCACUACUGUUGAACAAUCUUCGUUUGGAGCCGCGGGCGCCUUUUGUGAUGCCAAGUUUACGUUCUGGUCUGGGGGGGGG